UCUUUGAAAGAGUUGGUCAGGUGCUAAGAAGUCAGACGUUGUUAAGCUUUGCUAAUAAAAGCGAGAUCUCUGCGUACCACAGUGGUCGCAGAGAAAAAGGAAAAAAUUAAAAUUAAAGAUUUGUCUCCGUCUCUCGUUCUCUCCCUUCUUUUUUUUUUAAAAAAAAAACAAAAAUAGGGUUUUAACAUUGCAUAGCUGAGGUUUCGCUCGUUCCAUCGACCUGCGACAAUGGCGAAACCAAGGCACCAUCGCCCAUCUAGCAAGAGAUCGCCUUCUUUCACGCUUGUCCUCGUCAUGCUUCUCAUGCUGACUUUCGUUCUCCUCGUGCUCCUCGCUCUCGGAAUCUUUUCUCUUCCCAUUAACACCAAUGAUGCUCCGAAAGCUAACGAUCUCAGCUCAUUCGUCCGCAAGAGUGCAUACAGAAAUGAUGGUGGGUUCGGAGAGAGAGGGGAACAGUGGACCGAGGUUAUCUCCUGGGAGCCUAGAGCGUUCGUUUAUCAUAAUUUCUUGUCCAAGGAGGAAUGUGAGUACUUGAUUAAUCUUGCAAAGCCUCAUAUGGAAAAGUCAACAGUUGUUGAUAGCACAACUGGAAAGAGUAAAGACAGCAGGGUACGUACGAGCUCUGGAACCUUUCUCAGGAGAGGACAGGAUGCAAUCAUCAGGAACAUAGAAAAAAGGAUUGCAGAUUAUACUUUCAUACCUGUAGAACAUGGGGAAGGACUUCAAAUUCUCCAUUAUGAAGUUGGACAGAAGUACGAGUCUCAUUAUGACUACUUCCUUGAUGAAUUUAACACUAAGAAUGGGGGUCAGCGGAUGGCAACUCUUCUUAUGUACCUCUCUGACGUUGAAGAAGGAGGGGAGACAGCAUUCCCCAAUGCCAAAGCAAAUUUCAGUUCUGUACCUUGGUACAAUGAGUUAUCCGAAUGUGGGAAAAAGGGAUUAUCUGUUAAACCAAAGAUGGGUGAUGCAUUGCUUUUCUGGAGCAUGAGGCCUGAUGCCACUCUGGAUCCUUCAAGUUUGCAUGGUGGUUGCCCAGUAAUCAAAGGAAAUAAAUGGUCAUCUACAAAGUGGAUGCAUAUCAAUGAAUACAAGGUUUAAGUUUUUCAAGGUUAUCAAGAUGAAUUUGUUCAUGUAGGCAAUUGUUGUAGUGUGUUAACACAUUAGAAUUCCAGGCAGAGCUCCACUUGUUGAGGACAGAAAUCUACAAUGUAAUCUUGUACCUUUUACCACCCAGAUGCCUUGAAAAUUUUGAUAGACUACUAUAUCUCUGCUGACUAGCAACUCAAGUUGGGAAACAUUGGCCCUUCCACCACGGGAGAAUAAAAGCCAGGGUCCUUGAAAGGAGGAGUUUAUCUUCACAAAUAUUAGGAUGUCAUCAAUGGGAUGCUGAUACUUCAACACUGGACUGUAAAACCAAAAAACAAAAAAAAAAAAAUAGAUGUAAAUGAGUUGUUGUGUUUCAUUAGCUUAAUGUGGUCCUUGUCAUGCGAGUUUAUCGAUUGCCCACUUUGUUUUGAACUGUUUGGAGCGGAUGCGUAAUGCGUAAUCAAUUUGUGGAUUUGUUGUCA